CGAAGGACGCAGCUGGGUGGGAGGACGGUGACCCAGGCCAUGUCCACCACCACAUGUCAAGUGGUGGGCUUCCUGCUGUCCAUGCUGGGCCUGGCCGGCUGCAUCACUGCCACGGUGAUGGACAUGUGGAGCACCCAGGACCUGUACGACAACCCUGUCACCGCCGUGUUCCAGUACGAAGGGCUCUGGCGCAGCUGCGUGCAGCAGAGCUCCGGCUUCACCCAGUGCCGGCCCUACUUCACCAUCCUGGGCCUGCCAGCCAUGCUGCAGGCAGUGCGAGCCCUGAUGAUUGUGGGCAUCGUCCUGAGCAUCAUUGGCCUCCUGGUGUCCAUCUUCGCCCUCAAGUGCAUCCGCAUCGGCAGCAUGGAUGACUCUGCCAAAGCCAAAAUGACACUUACCUCCGGGAUCAUGUUCAUCAUCUCAGGUCUCUGUGCAAUCGCUGGAGUGUCUGUAUUUGCCAACAUGCUGGUGACUAACUUCUGGAUGUCCACAGCUAACAUGUACACCAGCAUGGGUGGGAUGGUGCAGACCGUCCAGACCAGGUACACCUUCGGUGCGGCUCUGUUUGUCGGCUGGGUCGCUGGAGGCCUCACGCUAAUUGGGGGCGUGCUGAUGUGCAUCACGUGCCGGGGCCUGACGCCCGAGGAAACCAACUACAAAGCCGUCUCUUAUCACGCCUCGGGCCACAAUGUUGCCUACAGGCCUGGAGGCUUCAAAGCCAGCACUGUCUUUGAGUCCAACACCAAAAACAAGAAGAUAUACGAUGGGGGUGCCCGCACAGAAGAUGAGGGACAAUCUCAUCCUUCCAAGUACGACUACGUGUAGCCCUCCAAGACACCUCGGCAGGAGCAGAAGAAAUCCCCCAACUAGAGCUCACCCCAAAACAAGGACAUUUUACCUUGAUUUCCCAUUGCUUUUGACUCACAGUUGGAAGUUAGAAAGCCUUGGUUUCACCUGUGGUGAGGCCAGAUGGUCUUGGACACCGGCCUCUGUCUCUAAAUGUUCAUCACAAAACAGCUGAGUUAGCAGAUGUGCCUUAGAGGCUAUAGCCCACAUUUUC